AUGCCACCCAAAGAGGGGGGUCAGUCCAAUGUUGUGGCAGAGGCGGCGGUCUUAGGAGCUGCUCAGCCUACUCUUGCCAAGCUUUCCAGUAUCCUCCAGACACUGCUGGCUGCUGGGGAGCGCACGCGCGCAGAGCAAGUGCCCAGCGCAGAGCAGUGCCCGGUGCAGGGCCUCCACCCUGGGGAUGGGGCCAUCGGGGAGACACUGUUCCCCAGUUGGUGUCAGAGAGCUGGAAAAGUGGUGUCAGAAACCACCACACAGUAUGCGAGGCUGAGGGGAAACGCCAGUGUAAAAAUAACACGCAACAAGCUUACCAAUCAACAAACACCUGUAGCCAGCCCUGCACCGGGCCCACGAUCACCCAGGGAUGAAGUGGUGACCGAAAGCAGGAACAGGCCGGAGCCUUCAGCAGCUAAGAGGUGCAAGGCGGGUGGAGCUGAGGCAGGAACCGAGGUUGGCCCUACACAGCUCCCUGCUCCUCCGCACCACUGCAGCAUGGAUGGGGCAGGCCGAGCAAAGCCACAGCCAGCACAGCCCUCUCUGCUGGUCUCGCCCUCACCUGUGAUACGCGUCAGUGUUUCUGCCUGGGCCUUUCUGCCUCCAGGGCCGGGGGGGCUGCCUGAGUGUGCCCCUCAUCCUCUGCGACGGUUGACUGCCCUGAGCCAAUGCAGGCAGUGCCGAAGGACCCAGUCCACUCACACAUUCUCAGACAGCUCUGCGCACAGUGACUGGGGCCAGCUCUUGAGUCCUGGCAUCCAACGGCAGGUGGCAGUGCCUUUCCAGUUGCUAGAACAGGCCCUUCCCAACAAAAUCACAGGCCUUCAGCAGCAGAGGCGCCCUCUGCCUGCUAUGAUGAUGGUCACGUCACAGCGUGGACAAUGUGUUGCGCAUCAAAUACCAGAUCUCAAAAGGGGAAGGGGGGUGGGUCACAGAAUGGAGGAAAGACUUACAGAAUGAACAUCCCAGGACCGUCUUAGUAACCUCCGACCAGCACAGAGUGGGUUCUAAUAAAUACUGCUGAAUCGAUA